AUUACCCUUUUAUUUAUUUUUAUUAUUUUCAUUUUCAUUUAUUUCCCUCGCUUUCCUCCUCCCUUACUCCCCCAAGCUGGGGGCCUCGCUGCUUAGUUCUUCCAGUCCAGAAUCGACAGUUUGACACAAAUAACUCCGCUUAGGAAGUGAUUCUCGGGAAGUAAGCGAAUUCAGACUGAAAUGGAUAAUAACAGAUUGGAGCAGACGCUGCAGGACGGCAAGCUGUAUAGGCAGGUCAAUUCAUUGAUUGUUGCCCAUCUUCGUGACAACAAUCUCAAUCAGGCUGCAAGUGCUGUUGCUUCAGCUACUAUGACCCCACUGAAUGUUGAAGCUCCUCCUAACAAGCUUCUUGACUUGGUGGCUAAGGGCCUUGCAGUGGAGAAGGAUGAAAUAUUAAGAGGUGUUCCUUCAGCUGCAUUGUUCGAUUCGAGUAUACAUACAGGAUAUGGUUCAAUACCAGCUCCUCGUGCUACUGCUCUUGACUUCAGUGCCAUGCUGGACACUAAAGGAUCAUCAAAAAGUUUCGCAAAGCAUGAAACAAGACAUAUAUCAGAGCAUAAGAAUGUAGCAAGAUGCGCAAGAUUUAGUCCUGAUGGAAGUUUCCUUGCAACUGGAAGUGCUGACACAUCUAUAAAGCUCUUUGAGGUAUCUAAAAUUAAGCAGAUGAUGCUAUCAGAUACUAGAGAUGGCUCUGUGCGGCCUGUUAUAAGGACAUUAUAUGAUCACCUACAACCUAUAAAUGACUUGGAUUUUCAUCCUCAAAAUACGGUUCUCAUUUCUGGGGCAAAGGAUCACACAAUUAAGUUCUUUGAUUUUUCAAAGACUAUGGCAAAGAAAGCUUUCCGAGUUAUUCAGGAUACUCACAUUGUACGGUCAGUGUCUUUCCACCCUUCUGGAGAUUUCGUUUUGGCAGGAACUGAUCAUCCAAUUCCACAUUUAUAUGACGUUAAUACUUUCCAGUGUUAUCUUUCUGCAACUUUCCCAGAUACUGGUGUUAGUGGAGCUAUAAAUCAGGUGAGGUAUUCAACUACUGGGGCGUUGUACGUUUCUGCAUCCAAAGACGGAGCUAUUAGGUUGUGGGAUGGAGUCAGUGCCAGUUGUGUCCGCACAAUUGCUGGUGCUCAUGGAGCUGCAGAAGUGACUAGCGCAUGUUUUACAAGGGACCAAAGGUAUAUUCUAUCUUGUGGGAAAGACUCUUCUGUGAAGCUCUGGGAAGUCGGUACUGGAAGAUUGGUUAAGCAGUAUCUUGGGGCAAUACAUACUCAGCUACGGUGCCAGGCUGUUUUUAAUGACACCGAAGAAUUUAUAUUGUCCAUUGAUGAACCCAGCAAUGAGAUUGUCAUCUGGGAUGCACUGACAGCAGAGAAAGUGGCUCGAUGGCCAUCAAAUCAUGUUGGCGCCCCUCGUUGGCUGGAGCACUCACCGACAGAGGCCACUUUUGUUUCUUGUGGGACUGAUAGGUCAAUACGUUUCUGGAAGGAGACUCCAUAGGUUGGUACUGAAGGUUUAUUCUGAAUGCAGCUUGGAAGUUUGCGAAAUGCAAGCAAGAUGAGGUUGUGUCCAGCCGUUAUUUGAGUUCAUUCGAUUUCUUGUCAUCAGGUUGUUUCUUACUUCUUUCAAGUUUAAGACCACUCCAAUAGAAACUCUAUGCAUUGCUCUCACCUGUGAAUAGGUUGCAAGAAUUACAUUAUAAAACUUAUGUGCUCCAUAUAAGUACUCUCUCCCUUGCUAGCCAUUGGGUUUGCAUCCAGUUUUGCUUUCACUAUAACGAAGUUAGUUUGAUAAUUUG